CUUUGGCAGUAGCAUGCAUCAGCACUUGAAAAGGCGUCUGAGAAGAUGAGGGCAGCAAUUCCUUUAUUGUUAGGAGUAUUGCAGCUGUGUGCUCCACCACUGCACUCAAUCCCCACUCCAGAUCGCACUGCAGAAAACAAGACCCAUCUUAGCCCUGACUUGGGAGAUGUGGUACCACCUCUUGAUGACUGGACUACAGUAGUAAAUUCUAAUCCUCCCCCAGAGUUAGUAUCUGAAAAGGAAGGGAGCUCAGCAUUCAUGUUUCAGGAAAAUGCCAACUUAAAGUGGGUUAGCUGGGAAGGCUCACUUCCAAAUGGAGCAGUCGGCAUUUACAAUGGGUAUGCAGGACGCACUGACUAUGUGUGCAAAUUCAACUGUGAGGCUGGAUUCUACAACCCCAGCAAAGGCCCAUACUGCAAAUACCCUUAUGCUGAUGCUGAGUACUCUGCCGUUAAGUUUGAGGUGUUGGUGAAUGAGGACCACUUUGAGUUCCUUGAAUGGAAAGGUGGAUCCUAUGGUUCUGUACCUAAACAUUCAGUGAACACUUGUCCUGGAAAUGACAUCUUUGUUGGCAAAAACAAAUAUGGGCUAGGUAAAGUUUCUGCUAAACAUGAGGCCUUCUUCCUGCCUUGGGAAGGCAAGGAGUACUGGUACAAGUCAUAUGAUGCCCUGGCCAUUAACAGAGAUACCUACAGCCAGCAAAUCUCACAUGUUGUGUAUUCUGUUGACCAGGUCAAACUGUUCCAUUAUCCACCAGAGACCAUCCAAUUAGCCAGGGCCACCAACUAUGAGUGUGCCAGCAUUGAAAAGACAGUUCAUUUGCAGAAGACUAGCACUGUAGAGAAGUUCUGGGACAUUGGUAGAGAAACCCGUAAUGGAUCCACAUCAAUCAUGAAUGGAAAAAUCCCAAUCAUAAACCCAGACAAUGUGGACUUUACCAAAGAACAGACAGUUAGCUUCUCUGAGGGGACAAAAAUGAUUGAGACCAUCAGUCAUUCCAUGUCUGUACAGGUCUUGGUACCACCAAACUAUUCAUGCGUAGUGAGAAUGGACGCAAGAAGGAUGACUGCUGAUAUCCCCUUUACAGCCAGGCUAAGUCGUACAUACACUAAUGGAAACACUCACUGGACCAGUGUCACUGGGACAUAUGAUGGCGUUAAGAUUGGAGAAAUCAAUGCCGUGGUAGAGCGCUGUAUGCCUAUCCCUGAUGCCCCACCAUGUCCUCUUGAAAGUGACUAAUUAUAAGUGAAAUGGUAAUAUUAUGAAUUAUCUGCCUCGAUAGCAUGUAUCACUGUUAAUAAAGAGCGUGUUGCAGUUAUAGACAA